AUGAUCAAACUUUCCACCCUCGCUCUCUUCAGCGUUCUCUUCUCGCUCUACGCCACCAUGCUCGUCAUGGGAGCUGGUAUCAUCCAAAGCAACCCAACCACGAUGGCCGAUCAACUCAAACAUGAACUCAAGGCUCGUUUGAGAACCUCACCUGCUCUCUUCAACAAACUCCUCAAGCUCACCAUCAAGGAACAACAACAACAACAAGCCUCACCUGCCACUCUUUCCCGCCUUGCAACUGCCAAGAACAGUUAUGAAUUGUGCGAUUUGUGCAUCAACUUGUUGGAUCAGACCAUCAAUAAUUUGGUGAAUAUUAUUUUGAAUGUUGGUGUGAUUGGUGGAUGUGGAGACAUUUGCAAAUACUUGUCCAACUUGGGUUCUUUGACUGUUGUUGCAUGUAAUUUGGUGUGUGAUUAUUUGGGUGUGAAUGAGUUCAUUAACAUGAUCGAGAAUGCUGAUUUGGAUGCUAUUUAUGGAUGCCAAUUGGUUUCCUUGUGUCCAAUUCGUGAUUGCAAAGCUCCAGUCUGUGCUCAAUUCUUUAACACUCGUGUUGUUCCAGCCAUUGCUCCAAAGGGAACUACUUUUAAUGCUGUCUCUCAAUUGAGAAUUUACAAUCAAACUGGUACUGGUGAAUUGUACUUUGAAGUCGAUGGUCCAGUCACUGCUGACAUUGCAGGAGGUGAAUUGAAGGGACAAGGUUUCGCUCCAGGCAACUAUGACAUUCAAGUUCAAAUUCAAGCUCAAGAUGAUGAACAAAACCAAGUCGUUUGGUUCCCAGGUAAAUAUGAAUUUUUCGUUGCUGCCUGUGAAGGAGAAUGUGGUAGCAAGCAUCCACACAGCAGAAUUUUGGCUGAAUCUCGUGCAUUCUUUAACAUUACUCAAAAUUAA